CCAUAGGCAGGCAAAAUGAAAGGUGAUGAGUCCCUUUUUGGUUGGGAGUGGGAGUUGGAGUGGGAGUGGGAGUGGGAGUGGACUGCUCUGCUGUUCCCUUCCAUCGCCUUCAUUCAUCAUUCACAUGCUUCUUUCUCAUUUCUUUUUCCUUUCUUUCACCAAAAAUUAAUACCCGCUUCAUUUAUUUGCUUUUUCUGGAUUUUUCAUAUUUCCUCUCAUGAAGUUCAUCUGGCAGUGCCGGCGGAGUACGUCGAGGGGUUCAUCGGAAGGGCCUUUCUGAUGGAAUCCGAGAAUUUAAUGCCGCCCAAUUUCCGAGCAGCCUUAGCAAUUGAAGCCACGCAAGGCCAAUAUUCGUGUUCCUUGCAGGUUUUCCUAGGAGAAGUUAAGGUGUGGAGCUCAGGCCACUUUUCCCGGUUUUUCACGGCGGAGAAAUGCGUCCUUGAACUCACUGCCGACGGGGACUUGAGGCUCAAGGGUCCCACCGGCCACGUGGGGUGGCGAACGGGCACUUCCCGACAAGGUGUGGAGAGGCUUAGAAUAUUGAGGAAUGGAAAUUUGGCUCUGGUGGAUGCUAUUGAGGGAAUUAAGUGGCAGAGUUUCAAUUUCCCAACCGACGUGAUGGUUUUAGGGCAGAGUUUAAAUGUGAAAACCCAUUUAACUUCCUUUCCCCCACAUUCAAUCUUCUUCUACUCUUUCGAAAUCCAAACCCAAAGAAUCGCUCUCUAUCUCAACUCUCCAAAAUGCAAAUAUUCUUAUUGGGAAUUCAAGCCUCCCAACAACAUCAACCUCUCAUACAUCACCCUUAACCCCGAGGGUUUGGAUUUUUUCGACGACCGAGCCAAUAAAAUCGCAACAAUCCCAUCAGGAACGCCUCACCCUCUGAGAUUUCUGGCAUUGGGGAACAAAACUGGGAAUUUGGGCCUUUAUUCAUACUCCCCUCAAAACGGAAUUUUCGAAGCUUCAUUUCGAGCACUCACAACCACUUGUGACCUUCCUCUGGCUUGUAAGCCGUACGGAAUUUGCACAUUUUCCAAUUCCUGCUCCUGCAUUGGUUCAAAGUGCAGGGAGGAAAUGGGUGGUGAAUUUUGUGAAGCUAAAGGGGAGAUGAUGGAAUUGGUUGGAGUAAGUAGCAUUUUGAGAGACGGGCCGAAAAGAGUGAAUGUGAGUAAAGAGGAAUGUGGGGAGUGGUGUUUGGAUGAUUGUAAAUGUGUGGCGGCGUUACAUUAUUCAGUCAUGGAGGAGUGUUAUUUGUACAGAGUGGUGAUCGGGGUAAAACAGAUUGAGAAGGGAAUGGGAUUGAGUUAUAUGGUUAAGGUUCCGAAAGGGACUGCAUUGGGGUCGCACAAAUCGGGACUCAAGAGAUGGGUGCUUGCAGUGGUGGGUGUGGUUGAUGGUGUGGUUAUUCUUGCUGUUUCUGGAGGCCUUGCCUAUUACUUCGUUAAGAGGAGGAGGAAGAAGAAUUUGACGGAUACAGACGUCCAUUCUUGACUAACCACUUUUCUUUUUUCUUUCUUUCUUUCUUUCUUUCUUUAUCUUCUUGUGAAUCGGAGAGUUUUGGGUUUUGAUCGUGCGUGGGAUGAUUUUAUGUUCUUUUCCCCUUUGAGGAAAUAAAUUGGAGAAUAUAGUUGAUGAAUGUAUCAAAACUGGGAAUUUUGGCUCAGAAUUUUGUUGGAUAAAUCUAAAAGUGAUUCUCAUUCUUUUA